AUCCUCUGUUCAGUAUUACUCUGUUGAUGGUGGUUUGUCGUACCUAUUUACGUACAUUAUUAAAAUAUACACAAACGAGUACAAUAGUAGAAGAAGAAUUAUUAAAAUACAACAUGAUAAUGCACAGAACAUACAGUGCUCAGUAGGAAUGUUAUUCGAGUUACAACGAAGCCAAAUUGAAGUACACAUUGGCGCUUUGUUGGCCCACAGAGGAUAUUUGGUUUUAGUUGUUUUUCUUUCACUCGUGGUCGCUUGGGAAGUCGUAAAACAUAAAUAUUUUUUUUCAUUCGCAAUUUUCCAAGAAUACACCGGCGGUUCUCGUCGAAUUUAUCGCCAUAUUUAUGCGCCACGGUGCGAAAUGAAUUAUCGCCAUUCUGCUGUUUAUUUAUCACCAGCAAACAGACUUUUUCUUUUUUUUUUUUUU